UCUCUCAAGGGGCUGGCGCGAACGCCACUGCGGAGGUUGGCGAGGGGAUACGGCUAGGGGAGGGGGAAAAUCACCGGGAACAGCCGCGGGGCUGGGGGCAAAUGAAUCGCAAAGGUUCGCUAAGUGCAGGGAGAGUCCCUAGUCAGGGCGCACUGAGGAUCCCGGGGGUGAAAGCGGGGCGGUAGAAGCCGUGGCGGGAGCAGCGCAGGCCGAUGGCUUGAAUAGACCGCGGAGGGCGGGGAGUCCGUGACCUAGAGCGGCGCGGCAGCGCGGCAGGCGGGACUAAUGAGAGCGAGGCGGGGAUUGGCGGGCAGCCCUGGGCUGUCGUACGUCCGCGGUGACGCACGCCUCGGCGAGGGUGCGCGCGCGUUCAGCGGCCUCUUUGUGUGGUGCCCAGAUAGGGGAGCGGAGGUGGCGGUAGCGGCGGCCUCGCUUUCCUUUGAGUCUCCUCGGCUCGUCCUCUAGCCAGCACCUUUCCCCUUCCCUUCCCCUUCCUCUCUUCCUCUUUCCCUUCCCUUCCCUUCUUCCCUUCCCCGUCGGUGACCGGCGGGGGCGGCUCCAGCGACGGCUGGGCCCAAGCUGUGAAGAAGCCUUAGCCAACGAUAACGGCGACGGCGAAACCUCGGAGCUCGCAGGGCGGGGGGAAGGCCCGGGCCGUGGAGAUGGAGAAUUCCCAGCUGUGUAAGCUGUUCAUCGGCGGCCUCAACGUGCAGACGAGUGAGUCGGGCCUGCGCGGCCACUUUGAGGCCUUUGGGACCCUGACGGACUGCGUGGUGGUGGUGAACCCCCAGACCAAGCGCUCCCGUUGCUUUGGCUUCGUGACCUACUCCAAUGUGGAGGAGGCCGAUGCCGCCAUGGCCGCCUCGCCCCAUGCCGUGGACGGCAACACGGUGGAGCUGAAGCGGGCGGUGUCCCGGGAGGAUUCGGCCCGGCCCGGUGCCCACGCCAAGGUGAAGAAGCUCUUUGUCGGGGGCCUUAAGGGAGACGUGGCCGAGGGCGACCUGAUAGAGCACUUCUCGCAGUUUGGCACCGUGGAAAAGGCCGAGAUUAUUGCCGACAAGCAGUCCGGCAAGAAGCGUGGUUUCGGCUUCGUGUAUUUUCAGAAUCACGACGCGGCAGACAAGGCCGCGGUGGUCAAGUUCCAUCCGAUCCAGGGCCAUCGCGUGGAGGUGAAGAAGGCUGUCCCCAAGGAGGAUAUCCACUCCGGUGGGGGCGGAGGCGGCUCCCGCUCCUCCCGGGGCGGCCGGGGCGGCCGGGGUCGGGGCGGUGGUCGUGACCAGAACGGCCUGUCUAAGGGCGGCGGCGGCUACAACAGCUAUGGUGGUUACGGCGGCGGCGGCGGCUACAACGCCUACGGAGGCGGCGGAGGCGGUUCGUCCUACGGUGGAAGCGACUACGGUAACGGCUUCGGCGGCUUCGGUAGCUACAGCCAGCACCAGUCAUCCUAUGGGCCCAUGAAGAGCGGUGGCGGCGGCGGUGGAGGAGGCAGCAGCUGGGGAGGUCGCAGUAACAGUGGACCUUACAGAGGUGGCUAUGGCGGUGGGGGUGGGUAUGGAGGCAGCUCCUUCUAAAAUUUUUUUAAUGCCUGGGAGUGGCUAUAGGGGUAGCUGUUUUCAACCACCCAACUAGGGUCGAUUCCUAAGUCCUUUCCCCUCCCACCGCCUUCCCCAUUUUGCCCUUGGGGAAGCCACUUGUAAGGCUGCUCACCCUUGGGGGUGUUGCCCUGUUUGCCUGCCACCUCCCUUGUCUCCCUCUGAAGAUGGACUUGGCCCCACAUACACAUUUUUGUGUUACAGUCAUUGAUGGACUCUAUUUUUUUAUUAUUACUUGGACCUUGGUCGUUUUUAUACUAGCAAGAUGUCUUGUUUUAAUUUGUGUUUUUUUUUGGGGGGAGGGAGUGAACUUGCUGAUUCUGUAGCAAAACCUGGGCGGGGGUUGGGCGGGUUAGUUUACUUUGUUGUAAGGACUUGAUAUCUGGCUACAGCGUUUUCUAUGAAAUCUCUUUGGAUCCCAUGCCCGAAAUUUGGAAGCAUAUGUACAAAAAUCAUUUUUACGUUUUAUUUUUAAUAAAUCAUUGUGUUUGACCGUACAUGUCUAACAUUUUUUUCUAGGAUCCAUUCCGUACCGUUUUAAGGGAUGUUAGUUGAAAAAUUUUCUUGUUAAUUCUUAAUUCUUGAUGUGUACUUCGAGAAACUUUUAAAAGGUCCUGUGGGUUGUUUUUUUUUUCUUCUUGCUGUUGCCCUGGUAGUGACGUGUUGAAUUUUAUCCCUUACAGGUAAAACUUUUGAAGUGGUGGAUGUGGCUUUUUAAAAUUUUUAGUUUCUUUGCAUCCAUCCCUUGUACUAAAUAAUUUGGUUAUCAUCUUGACAUGGUUGAUCACUUCUUUCUAUGAGAAUUUACCUCAAAGUAUGUACCGUGUAGUUCUAAAGAAAUAGUUUGUAUUAAGCAUGUGUUUUCAUUCAUAUAAACUGUUUAAAAAAUUUCAUUUGGCCUAGUUUCAUCCCUCUUACUGGUUUGUCUGUAAUGAAUGGUUACAAAUAAGGGUUAUGUUUUAUCCUCAAACUAAAAACGUUUUUGUAUUUUCAGAGCAGGUUUAGACGGUUUUUCUUUUUCCCCUCUAGCUGAACUGUUGUCCCUACGGAAAUCCUUCCCCCAACCUUUGUGGCACCAUCUAUUGGCAGAAUGGCAGUAUAUCUGCAAAAGAAUUCGUUUAAAAACUUGUUUAGGACAGUUGCGUCAGAUUUAGAAGUUUUGCCAUCAAAAAUCUGUGCAGACUUUGGUUAUACAUUUACUUGUAACUAAGAUGGGUUUUACAGGAAUGUAGUUAACAGUCAAUAUUACAAUUGCCCUUUCUACAUGAGAUUUGAAAAUGUAAACUGCUAUGCAUAGCUUGGGCAGUGGCCCCGUAUUGCUAUGACGACUAAUGAACCAGCUUCGUGUACUGGUAUCUUAGGUGCAAGUUGUAAAGCAAAAUAUCUGUGUUUUCUGCUUGGUUAACAAAUGUAUAUUUGUAGCCCUUUCAUGCAAUAGAAUUCAAGUUGUUGUUUAUAAAAAGCAAAACAAAACAGUGAUACAGGAGAAAAUUGCCUUCCUGGAUAGACAUAUAGAAUAGCAACGUUUAUGGAUAUCACAAAUAAAGAAUUCAAUUCUUUA